AUGUAUUCACGGGAGAAAUGCAAGAAUCCAACAGAUGGUCUUACACGAGGUGAAUCCGCUGCGCUUUCAUUACGGGAGAAAUAUUGGACAAAGCCAUUGUUUAUGUCGGCAUUUAAAAAAUUACUGUCUGUUCAAGAUCGUGUACGGCGUAGUGUUAAUGUAGCUUUAGGCGCGAACUAUCGUCUUCGGGAUAUAGUAUUAAAAUCAGUUGCAACUCGACUUACUCAAGCUCAAGUACAAAAUGAAUACAUCAGCCCAGUUUCAGCUACGCAAGUUACAAAUUUAUUGAAAUAUCAUCGUUCAUUAACACGACCUUCAAUGUAUUCGGUUGAUGAUUUUAGACAAUGGUGCUUACAACGUGCUGCUAUUCCCCCAAUCCAAAGUUUACAGGAUGUGUUUCUUCCGAUAUAUGAAAUAAUAUCAUGUGACAAUCUAUUCGUAUUUUUUACUAGACAAUUAAUAUCACUCGGUGCAUUAUCACGACUUCUUCAAGUGGAUGCCACGUUUAAGCUUAAUUGA